UCUCUAUUUAUCACACAUAGCAUUAAUAGAAAUGUGAAAAAUGGCUGGAAUAUUCGUUCGCUAUUUUGAAGUAGCACUAUCUAGAUUUGAAAAUGCAAUCGUUUCUAUUAUGGAACGUCAUUUACAACCAGAUUUCUGCAUUGGUGCAUUGAAUCAACAAACGUCCAAGCCCAAAUUUACAAUUAAAAAUAUUUUGAACGAUGGAUUACUUUGGGCUGUACCAAAACACAGGCGUCCUCUUGAAAAACGUUUAUCUCGCAAAUUUGGAUUUCCCCAAUAUAAUUGGAAACCACUUGUACCAAAAACUAAUUUGUUAAUGUGCAAACGCUGCGGACAUUUUCAUGAAUCUUAUACUAUUUGUGGACAUUGCUAUCAAAAAGUGAAAGAAGAAUCGGAAGCGAUUCAUAAAGCCAUUGACCAAUUAAAAGUUGAACCAAUAAACAAUGAACUUGUCAUUUUAUACGAAGGAGAAAAAAAAUUGAAGCCAGAUCAAUUUUGGCAGGGUCGACCAAUAGUCGAAUUACCAAAGAAAAGACCAACUUGGUUUCAUCAAAAUUUACUUGAACCUACAACACAAAAACUGUCCGAUAGCAAAGAAGUCGAGCCCAAUAAUUUAGGAUAAAAAUAUCUUUUAUUGUAUUUCUCAUUUU